AAAGAGUCAAAGAGGAGAUUGCACAGGUGAUUGGCUCACAUAGGCCACCUGCCCUCGAUGAUCACUCCAAAAUGCCAUACACAGAGGCAGUCAUCUACGAGAUUCAGAGAUUUGGAGACAUCCUCCCCAUUGGUGUGCCCCACAUAGUCACUAAAGACACUGUCUUCCGAGGGUACCUCAUCCCCAAGAACACUGAAGUGUACCCCAUCCUGAGCUCUGCUCUCCAUGACCCGCAUUACUUUGAAGAACCAGACACCUUCAACCCUGACCACUUUCUGGAUGCCAACGGGGCACUGAAGAAGAACGAAGCUUUUAUCCCCUUCUCGGCAGGUAGGCUGGACCUGGGAUCCCUUUGCAGACACCAGGGGCAGGUCCCAUCAGACAUGAUAGGUCUUUGUUUUGUGAGGGCUCAGCAUAUUCCAGUUGCUUUACCUGUACUGUCCCAUUCCAUCUUCACUACCGCCCUGCUAGGAGACUUGAGAAAUGACAUUAUGUCCCAAGACUCGCCUUGA